UUAUAUAAAUUUACUUUUUACAGAUAAAAUUAAAAUUUAAAAGUUUCGGAUGCGCUAGCGCCGAUUGUGUAACAGUUUUGUUCGAGACUUCAAGCUACUGAUUUGUUGAAAACAUAACGGAUUUUGUUAACAUUGAUACGAGAAAUUAGAUUUGGAGUGACUUGUGCGGUAUCUGCAAACGCUGUGGUGCCACUGUACAAGGGUUCCCGGCAUACCUUCGUCGUACUUUUUGAGUUAUUUUGAAAAUGUCGAAGAGAAAAUCUGGAAAAGUCAGUUUUGAUGGGCUAUGGACACCGGUAGCGGUGGAUGAGCAGUUCAUCCUGGAGAAUGGGACAAGCAUACGUCUUUCCGAAUUGGUGGAUUUUGAAGAGAUGACCGAUUAUCACAUCGAAGGCAAACCGACCAAAACAUCAGCUAAGAAGAAAGACACCAAAGAUACUAAGAAAAACGAAAAACGGAAGCGUGAAAAGAGCAAAGAAUCUGCGAGGAAAAAAAUAAAGGCUUUAGACGGAGCGGAAGAAAAAACGGAUGAUCAGAAUCUUCAGAGUGAAGUGAAAGAGAUAACCAAUGAAGCACUCACUGACAGUAUAUCACCGGUGAAAACUGGUGUUGAAAAAAAGGCGAAAAUAUCCUCCAACCCGGAAGGGGUUAAGUCGAAAGAGAAACUUUCAAGGAAGAAAAUCAAAACAUCGCAAAAGCAGAGUGUGAGUAUUGAAGAAGUUGAAGUUAAAACUACCGGGAAAAAUAAGAAGAAGAAGAAAGCCAAGAAAGUUUCGGAAUCCGUUCAGCAAGCUACGGACGAUGAGAUCGCGGUUCCAAUAGAUUCGGCGAUGAGUAUGUCCGAAUGGGAACAGCUGCACGUACAGUCCAAUAUUUUGAAAGCUCUUUCGGAGCUGAAUUUCACCAGUCCGACACCCAUUCAGAAACAAUGUUUGCCGCCAGCCAUUGUCAGUAGGAAAGACGUCGUUGGUGCUGCAGAAACCGGAAGCGGGAAAACGCUAGCAUUCGGGAUUCCAUUGGUGCAGAAUAUUUUGGAGGAUAAAAACAAUGAAGAACAAAAGACCGGAAUUAAAAAGAUAUUACGGGGCAUUGUGAUCACGCCGACGCGGGAAUUAGCCGUGCAGAUUCGCAAACAUCUCCAGUCUAUCACGAAGUAUGCAAAUGUUUCCAUCUGUUUGGUUGUGGGAGGCAUGUUCAAGGAGAAACAAGAGCGCUUAUUAAAUCGCCAACCGGAUAUUCUUAUUGCCACUCCUGGUCGCUUGCACGACCUUAUCAAGAGCGGAACUCCGUAUCUGCAGAAUCUGGCAACAGUGCGAUAUCUGGUGAUUGACGAGGCAGAUCGAAUGGUGGAGCAGGGUCAUUUUCAUGAACUGACCAGCAUCAUGGAGAGGUUGAAUGAAGAUGCCAGGUUGGCAUCCAAAAGACAGAAUUUCGUGUUUUCUGCCACAUUGUGCCUGAAUGCCGCAGCAGUGGUCGAGCGGCAUAGGAAAGUCAGAGAGGGCAAGGAUGAGGAAAUUAAUAAGUUAACCCAUCUCACUAAAUUCAUUGGCCUGAAAAGUAAUGCUGCCGUGGUAAACUUGAGCAGACCCAAGGGAAUUGCGGACAGUUUAGUCGAAAAACGGCUUCCUUGUCCCAGCGAUAAGGAAAAGGAUUAUUAUUUUUAUUACCUGUUGAUGACGGAAGCUAUGGGCAGAACUUUGGUGUUCUGCAAUAGUUUGGAUUGUGUUCGAAGACUUUACGGUGUUUUUUCGUAUCUUUUAUCGGAGACUAAUCGCUCACCUCUUGUUCUUCAUGCCGGUAUGCAUCAGAAACAACGUUUGAAGAAUCUUGAACGAUUUCAUGCGAAUCCACGAGGCGUACUCUUGGCUUCGGAUGUGGCAUCCCGAGGAUUAGAUAUUCCCGACGUCCAGUAUGUUAUUCACUACCAAGUGCCGCAGAAUCCCGAUCUGUAUGUACAUCGUAGCGGUCGGACAGCACGAUCGUUCAAAGUUGGAAACAGUGUGCUGCUGUUGGAUCCGUCAGAUGUUAAAUCUUAUAACGAUAUUCUGAGAAACCUUAAACGAGAGGAAGACUUUUCACGUAUUGAUGUGGAUAUGAAAAUUCUGCAUUUUGCCAAACAGCGCGUUGAUUUAGCACGGAAGAUAGAUGCAGUUGAACAUGGGCUGCGGAAACAUUCAUCUAAAGAUGAAUGGUUUAUCAAAGCUGCAGAGGAUGCGGGAUUGGAGCUGGAUGAUAGUGAUGUUAGGAAGUUGGAUAUCCAGACUCACUCUUCGCGAAAGGGUCAGUCAAGGGAAGCAAAAUCUUUGAAGGAUCAGUUGAAAAGGAUGCUUGCUCAACCUAUCAAGAUUAACAUGCCUGGAUUUUCGUUGAAAUAUCCCACUGUAAAUUUUGCCUACAAACAGUUGGGUUUGGAUAACUCGCCGAGCGUUCAGACGAAGGGAAAACCUGUUGCUGAUCAAAGGGUUUAGCUAAGUACUUACUUCGUGCGUACAUACUAUUGACUGAUUCCCACCAGAUGUGAGACACUGUAAUGACUUUACGUUACUAAAUUUGUUUGUUAUUCGUCGAAAUUUGUUGGUUUUGCUGACAUCAACAUCCCGGGUUGC